AUAAUUCGUCAUCAGUUACCAUCAAUAGGAAGGAAUCCAUGGAUCUCGACGUUGUGCUGUCUGCUCUCACUCCUUCAUGGACUUCGGCUGUUAUGCUACUCGCAUUUUUCACCUACUUGGCAAUAGCUGGUUCCAUUUUACCGGGUAGAAUCGUUCCCGGAGUGCCACUAUCAGAUGGCUCUCGCCUCCAUUACCGCUGCAAUGGAUUACUUGCGCUGCUAUUACUGGUUUCCGUGCUGGGAAUCAGCAGUUGGAUGGAUCUUCUAUCUCCCGCGGCUAUUGCUGACAGAGGUCUUGAGCUUCUAUCGACAACAUUUAUAUUCAGUGUACUCGUAACAUUGCUACUUUACAUAUCUGGUUGUGGAUCUCAUCAUCAAAGCUCGUCUUUGAAGCCUCACAUUAGCGGGAACUUACUCCAUGACUGGUGGUUUGGGAUACAGUUGAAUCCUCAAUUCAUGGGAAUUGACCUCAAGUUCUUUUUUGUUCGAGCUGGCAUGAUGGGAUGGCUUCUUAUAAAUCUUUCUGUUCUCGCAAAGUCCAUUAAGGAAUCAAACACUAGCACAUCACUUAUUCUCUAUGAAGUGUUUUGUCUCCUUUACAUUCUGGACUACUUCUUCUAUGAGGAGUACAUGACCUCCACAUGGGAUAUAAUUGCUGAGAGAUUGGGAUUCAUGCUUGUGUUUGGAGAUUUGGUCUGGAUUCCAUUCACAUUCAGUAUCCAGGGCUGGUGGCUUCUAUAUAAUGAAGUGGACUUAACUAGUGCAGCUAUUGUUGCAAACUGCCUUGUCUUCCUGUUUGGCUAUUGUGUCUUUAGAGGUGCCAACAAGCAGAAGCAUGAUUUCAAGAAGAAUCCCAAAGCACCCAUUUGGGGUAAGCCCCCAAAAGUCAUUGGGCAAAAGUUGCUUGCUUCUGGUUAUUGGGGCAUUGCCAGGCACUGUAACUAUCUUGGAGACUUGUUGCUAGCUCUGUCAUUCAGUUUACCAUGUGGGAUAAGCUCCCCACUUCCAUAUUUCUAUCCUAUAUACCUUUUCAUACUUCUAAUAUGGAGAGAGAGAAGAGACGAAGCCCGGUGUGCACAGAAGUAUAAAGAAGUAUGGGCAGAAUACAGGAAAUUGGUUCCUUGGAGGAUAUUCCCAUACAUAUAUUGACAAAAAAGAUCCUGGAUUUUGUAUGAUGCCAUGUUCUUUCAUCAGUGUAUCAUUCCAAAAAGAAUAUCGUGAAGCCAUUUCCAAAAUGGUCUCUUGUAUCAUUAGUAUUUUAGGGCCAUUUCAUUCCUCAGUUUAUUGGCCUAGGGAACCCUUGAAUCUAAUUAACAAUCUACUGAUUUUCUCAUUGA